AUGGUACAGAAUCCGACAACUCCAAUACAAAGCUUGAGUCCAGUUGCUACUGAAUAUGAUGACAAUCCUGCCAGUUAUUUUGGCAUUUCUGGGGUACAAUCAAUAGUAAAUCCAGUAUUUCCACAAUCUCAUAUGAUAAACAUUUAUCAGCAACCAAUGGCUCCUGAUUGCCCACAUAUUGCUAAGUUGGACAAUAUUUCGAAUAUAUUGAAAAGAACGUGUUACAUUUGUGGAAACCUUGGCCAUUUUGCUGAUUCUUGCACUUCUUCCCAGAGACUUUGUUAUAAUUGCAAACAGCCAGGUCAUAAAUCAAGUGAAUGUCCUAAUCCCAAAAGCAAGAGUAAUAAGCAAUGUUAUUUGUGUCACAAGAUUGGACAUGUUCAAGCUGAAUGCCCUGACAGGGAAAAAAUUCUACAAAAUCAAUGUCAGCUAAACCAGGUACCAGAAUAUCAGAGACAGCUGCAAUUGAACGAGCAAAUGAUGAAUCAGGCUCAAAUGGUUUCUACAAACUUACAGAGUCAUAGUCACCAAACAUAUAAUUCAUCUAUAGAUAACCUCAUACCCAAUGACUUCAAUUAUUGGGGGUAUUACAAUAGCAUGUAUUAUCAGCCAGCUUUUCCACCAACAAAUACAAUUUGUUACCAGCCAGCUUUCCCUCAAACAAAUCCAAUAUAUUAUCAACCCUCUCCGUAUAUUCAUUUAGGGUAUACACAACAACUGCUACCAGUGCAUAGCUUCCAAUCUUCAUUUGACUCCUAA